AUGGCUAUAAAUAAUGAUACCUCAUCUCCGACUGAAUCAUCCGGUACUUCUGCCUCUUCAGUCCUUGAUGUCUUUCACCCACUUUAUCUCCAUCCUUUCGAUACACCGGGAACUAUGUUAGUUUCAAUACCAUUUGGUGGUAUAGGUUUUGGAGAUCGGAAGGAAGGAAUGUUAAUUUCACUAUCUGCAAAGAAUAAAGUUCAACUCAUUGAUGGAACUCUUACUGAACCUACACCUAAUUCUCCACUAUAUCCUCAUUGGCAACGCUGUAAUAACAUGGUUAAGGCAUGGAUAAUUAACUCAUUCUCUAAGGACACAGCUAAAAUAAUUCUUUACUAUAAGAUUGCUAGAGAAGCUUGGAAUAACUUAGUAGAGCGUUAUGGUGUUGCCAACAUUUCUCAAUACUAUAGUCUUCAGCAAUCAAUUUCCUCAACCUCUCCAGGGUCUUCUGACAUAGCUACUUGCUAUACCAAACUCAAAGGUUUCUGGGAUGAAUUGCCCACAAUUUCCUUGGGCAGACCGUGUACUUGUGGUGCUAUGCAUGCGAUCACUGAAGCACACAAGCUUAUUCAGUUUCUCUCAGGACUCAAUGAAAUAUACUCAUGA